AUCACACGCGCCGGGAUCCUGUCACCACACGUAUAAAUCAGGCUGACAGCCCUAACUCCUGGUCAGAGGAUGAGAGAACACCAAACACAAAACUAUCUGUCAAACAACUGGACCUGCCAGUUCGAUAUCAUACAUUUUAAUUUCUGUUGGUGUCCAGGGGUUUUAUAGUAAUAAAAAUGGCCACGUCUGCCAGUGCUCAGUUGAGUAAAGUGGUAAAACGGCAGUAUAUGGAACUGCCUCAGGGAGACAAAGUACAAGCCAUGUAUAUCUGGAUAGACGGAACUGGAGAAGGACUGCGAUGCAAGACCAGGACACUGGACUCGGAGCCUAAAAGUAUUGAAGAUCUUCCUGAGUGGAACUUUGAUGGUUCCAGCACAUAUCAAUCUGAGGGCUCCAACAGCGACAUGUAUCUCAUCCCCUCUGCAAUGUUCAGGGAUCCUUUCCGCAAAGACCCCAACAAGUUGGUCUUGUGUGAGGUGCUCAAGUACAACCGGAAACCUGCUGAAACCAACCAUCGUUACAAAUGUAAAAAGAUCAUGGAAAUGGUAGAUCAUCAGAGCCCUUGGUUUGGCAUGGAACAGGAGUACACCAUCCUGGGUACCGAUGGACAUCCAUUUGGCUGGCCCUCCAAUGGGUUCCCUGGUCCCCAAGGACCAUACUACUGUGGAGUUGGAGCAGAUAAAGCUUACGGCAGAGACGUUGUGGAGGCGCAUUACAAAGCCUGCCUCUAUGCUGGUGUAAUGAUCUGUGGAACCAAUGCUGAAGUUAUGCCAGCUCAGUGGGAGUUCCAGGUUGGCCCCUGUGAAGGCAUCAACAUGGGAGAUCACUUGUGGGUAGCUCGUUUCAUCUUGCACAGAGUUUGUGAAGAUUUCGGUGUGGUAGCCUCAUUUGAUCCUAAGCCAAUCCCAGGCAACUGGAAUGGUGCUGGUUGCCACACUAACUUUAGCACCAAGGAAAUGCGGGAAGAUGGUGGGCUGAAAUGCAUUGAGGAGUGUAUUGAUAAGCUUGGAAAGAGGCACAACUACCACAUUCGCGCCUAUGAUCCAAAGGGAGGCCUGGACAAUGCUCGCAGACUGACUGGCCACCAUGAAACCUCCAACAUCCACGAGUUCUCUGCAGGUGUGGCAAACCGUGGUGCUAGCAUCCGCAUCCCACGAACCGUGGGACAAGAAAAGAAGGGUUACUUUGAGGAUCGCCGACCGUCUGCCAACUGCGACCCCUAUGCGGUGACCGAGGCCCUGAUUCGCACAUGUUUGCUUGAUGAAGAGGGUGAUGAACCUGUGGACUACUAGAUCUCUCUUCUCCUGGACUGAACUGAACUGCCAUACUUCCCUGUUUUCUUUUUUUUUUUUUUUAAAUGGCCAAGCCAAAUUAGUACUGUAUCUUGUUUUCUAUCAGGGCGGUUCUAACCUGGCAUUUUAAUAUUGUUGAAGUUGACUGGUCAACUUAACACUAUAAGAUUAAAUCAGAAGUUAACCUGAUCUGACUGUGGACAUGGUGUUGCAAGGCAUGUCUCUCCCGUUGUUUUUUUCCUGAUUUUUAAUUGUUUCUUGGGGAGUGGAUGUUCAGUGUAUAGCAUUGAAAGCUCUCUAUGAUCCCAUGACUCUACCUUUUGUAGUUCAGAUGAACUGAAACAAGUCAAAUGCACAGAACCUGGGGCUGCCAAGGCUAGAUAUCUAAUUUCUUUUAAACCAAUAGCUAGUUGUUGCGUCUGUUGACUUGAUUAUUUCAAGUAUGUAAUGUUUCAAUGCAUCUUACUAACAGUGUAUUAAAUGGCAAAUCUUGUUAUCCAUUUUGACUGUACACACUACGCUGUUUUUGUUGUGCGGUACACUUCACAGUCGAGGUCCAACAACUAUCCUGUUUUUAUACUUGUUGAUCUGUUAUUUGUCAUGUUAAAUCCCUGGUUCAUCAAGGAUUUGAUCCUGUUUGUCUACUACUAUGAUGUAACUGCACCCAUUUGGUAAAAACUGAAGUUGCUAAAAGGAGACUUAAACAUUUAUUUUUUACCACAAA